AUGCCGGACGCUCCAAAUAUACCCGCGUUCACUAAGCUGGAUGAUGUGGAUGACUUUGACCGGAAAGACCCUGAAAAGUGGUUCAAGGAGCGCGCGCAGCAGGGGCAGGUUGUAAUGCCAUCCUCUUUCCUGUCCCCAUCAGAGGCCAAAGAAGAGGUAAAGAGUAGAGCUGCCAGUAUCUGGUCAAAUUACGAUCUACUGGGGCAGAUUCUUGACCGACACGAAGCCACAAUUAGGAAGAGAUGGUUGAAGAAGACCAAGAAACAGCAAAAGUCAAUUCUCCUUGCCGCUUGGCCAGAAAUGGCGCCGUUUCAUCGUCCAGACUUCGGCGCCCUUGAACUCGAAGCCUCUGUUGGUCGACCAGAUGGGAAGACGAAGUUUCGAGAGUGGUACUUGUGGCCUGUUAUGAACCUCGAGGAUUUGACCGUGAGAAGGAGCCUUUUACAUUUCCUUCACAGUCGGGGCCGUAAUCAACCGAGUGCUUUCGCCCGUUCGGAUUAUAUUCGUACCAAAAUUGCCCGCAGCACCGGAGCCGUAGGGGCUCCGUUAUUACUUGAGCAUACCAUUUACUUGGAUGGCGACACGGCAACUUCAUAUGGGAGACUUGCAUCAUGGAAGGACGACAUGAAUGCACUCGACGACGUGAUGCAUGAUCGAUCAUUCAAUUUCGGAUAUGGUCUGAUCACUCUCGAGAUUCAGGAUAGAAUCAUGCAGUUCCUCAUUGACUGCUGCAGGCUGAUUUUGCAUGAUAUGAACGAGUCCACCUCAUUGAUCGAUCCUCAAUUCGCCGUCCAGGGGACCCUGCCUCCCGUCACUACAGAUACAUCCGAGUACCCAACCACCGUAACACUCGCCAUCGAGAGGCAGUACCGCGCUCCCCGGAGUUUUGAAUACAAGCGAAUGCGGGGAAUUAUAGGUGCAAAGCUUUCAGAAGCAGAGGAUCACAUUUUGUUAUUGAGAGAAGACCCCUCUUACUAUAAAGAUACGAUAACGGAAUUUGGUCAACAUCGAAAUGAGAGGCUGAUAGACACCAACGGCCAUGAUCACCCUGUUGGCCCUAGAGGGUCACAAGACCAUGCGUGUUUCUGGGAACGAGUUAUCGCUCACAUGACCGAAGAUGCGUACCUCUCCCUUAUCGACUGGAACAUCAUUGAGAAGCAGCUCGCCGUUCUCGAAACUUUGCAGGAGAAGUACAUUAGUAUCAUUUCCCCCCAAAAACGGCUUCCUGAUGAAUACCUGCACGCAUUCUUAACUUUCAAGCAAAUGCUCAUGGAAGCUCAGAGGCGUGUCAUGAAGAAUCUCCAAAACGACGCCCCAGCCUCCCCACCUCUCCGAGGCCAUUAUGUCCGUCAACCUCCAAGCCCACAUAGCACUCUCACAAUCAUUCAGAUGUUGCCUUUAACCCUAGGCAGUGACAAUCUUCUUUUCAAGCUCCAGGCUCUUUCGGAUCCAGAUAAGACGCACCAAUACGGACUUUCUGAUAUGUUGGAUGACCUGGAACGUUUUAUCAUCGAAUACCCCGGCGAAAAGUGUCGGCUUUCAUCGCGGGUAAUGAACCUCAUCUCAAACUUGGGCUUCUUCGCUCAAAUCCGCGAUGAAAUCGAGAAUUACCAACCCUGGGCAUCAAGCAUGGAGUACGAAUUCUCCAAGCUCCACAAAGGGGUUGUGGAGGAGGUUUUCGAAAAAUUCAAGGUGCGACAGGUGAUUGAGAACAACAUAAUGUAUGUAUCCACGGGCCUUGAAACACUGGGGGCUCCGAUCAGCCCAUUCGAGGAUAGAGAUAUAAGAUUCUAUUACCCGAUAGAAAAGCAGCGCACGAAGGAAAAUCAUCAGGCGAUGCGCAAGGCCGAGCAAGAUUUGGAUGCCUUUUGGAAGAAGUUCGAUACGAAAUUUAGGUACAAGGUCGGUGAGACUCUCAAUGAGAUAGUGGGGGGUUUUUUGUUCGAGAAUCGUGACUUGAAAAGAACGCCAGAAUGGGUUGAGCCGAUCAAUAUCACCCCAGCGCCGAAGAGGAGCAAACAAGAAGCCACUGAAGAAUUAUUUUCGGGGCUUGACCUUGACACCAAGACUUCAGUUUCGACGAAGGUAUCCGCAACUGUAAAAACGAAAAACGGGACCGGAGGCCAGGCAAGCAACCCGCAGGCAGGCGCUGACGAUAGCGAGGCGGAAGCUCAACCUAGCAAGAAGACAACCAGGAGAACUCUUUUCUUCAUCCAUAAUCAGGCGGAUACGCCCGGUGAGAUCCUUUGGACCGACUCUCUUCAUGCGAUGGACAAGAUGGGGUUUCGUGUUGAGAAGCUGAUCCACGAGCCUUACCUGCAAUCUAAGAUCCCGUACAAGACCUCGAGGCAGAUGGGCAGACGGCUUAGCAGGGCUUAUGGCUGGCAUAUCGGCUGGUUUGUCAUGGCUUAG